AAACAACUCAUUUAAAUGUUCAGUAGUGAGACGGGCGUCAAGAUGAAAGCAGCUGCCAAGUUCGGUCUCAGUUUCCUAGUGUUGCUCAGUGUUGUGCUCGUUUAUCUGUCAUCUGCUUCCGAGCAGAGUUUAUCCGAAUCGGCUCUGAGCCAGCUAAAUAUGACGGCACAGUACACGAACCGAGACUCGCAACAACCGGCCGCCGUCCGGGAACGGUGCACCGCCCAUCAAAGCGGAAUGUUCACGCCGAACCGAGCCAAGAGCCAGCGGGCGAGAACCGGACGGCGGACGCUUUCAGCGCGGUUGCGAGGAAACUGCGAGCGCGUCGAUGUUCCACUUUCAGAAACUCCCCAGCCCACGCCCAACUGCCCCCGGCUGAACGGCUACUUCGGCAGCCAGACGGGCGCGUGCGACAAGUUCUACUACUGCGUCGACGGCAAGUUCAACAUGAUCACCUGCCCCGCCGGGUUGGUGUUCAACCCGAAGACCGGCAUCUGCACAUGGCCGGACGAGGCCGGCAAGUCGGGCUGCACCUCCGAGGACGUGUUCUCCUUUUCGUGCCCCAAGGUGAACGAAUCGAUUGCGGUGACGCACCCACGGUACGCCGACCCGGACGACUGCCAGUUCUUCUACGUGUGCAUCAACGGCGAUAUUCCGCGGCGUAACGGGUGCAAGCUGGGCCAGGUGUUCGACGACAGUGGCAAGCACUGCGAGUGGGCCCGCAAGGUGCCGGAAUGUGCCGACUGGUACAAGGACCGCCUGACUGAUAAACAGCUGGAAGAGCUGGAGAACCCACCAACGACCAAGGCUCCUGCGCCGAAGGGACCAACCAAAGUGUCGCGCCGACGUCCGUCCAAGCGGCCUAAACAACCGGUUGAAGACGAAGAGUAAGGGAGUAGCUGUGUAAAGAUGUGUUUUGUGUAAAAAGUAUUUCAUUAUCUUUCAGUCGAAUGUCCUGAAACACAAUACUCAGCCAAAAUUUCGAUUCAAUUUCUAGCACUGUAAUUUAUUGUUUUCUAUGACUUCUUGUAGAAGAUAUAUGUUUAACAAACAUCCAUAAUAAAUUAUGUCCUAAAACCAAA